AUGCUAUGUUGCUCCCAUCACCUUGCAUGCUAUGUUGCUCCCAUCGCCUUGCAUGCUAUGUUGGUGAGUGUGCCUCCUGCUGCUUGCACUCUCUCGUGUGUGCGAGCUGCUCAGCUCACUGGCCUUCAACCAGCUCUCAGGCCCCGUGGAUCACAUUCUGCACGGCAUGCGAAACCUCUCCUUGCUGUGAGUAUUACCAUGCAGCAGCAGCAGCAGCAGCAGCAGCAGCAGCAGCAGCCGGCCUGCAUCUGGUUCCUACUACAGAACCACUUCUCCGGUGGUCUACCCAGCCCUGCUCCUUCGAGCCUGGUGCAGUAUUGGGUGAACGAUAACUUCUUCACACACGGCCAAGUCACGUUCCCCAACUGCUCUGCGGCCCUUUUCAGCACCAAGACUAAUUGCCUCGCUGCUUCCCACACCAUCUGUGGCCGCACUUUCACCCAGAGGCCAGCUGCUGGCUGCUCUGCAUUCUGUGGAGUGGAGGUCGGCGUUGCUCGUCCUGUGUGUGGGGGCCAUGGCUACUGCGCCGUGAAUCCCUUCGUGGGAGCAGGGGAGUGUGUAUGCGACCCCAACUACAUGCGCAACAGCAGCGAUAGCUUGGCCUGUGUGCCUGGAGGUGCUGUUUACUUGCCUGCUUCCCUUGCACCUGCAGCCGUAGGAGCAUCACUGGCAUCAGGCUCGGCCUAUGUGUCGCUGCAGGGCUCAGCUGCUGUGCUUUCCAACGGCUCCAUUCUUCUCACAGGAGGGGCGCCCAACCAGCAGGGAGCAGCGUUUGCCUCUCCCGCGCUGCGCCUCUUCUACUUCCCCAACAAGCGCUCCCUCUGCGGAAUUGAGCUCGCAUUCACCGCUGCCUUCAGCUUUGCCAUGCGCCCACCGGGCCAGGGGGCAGGUGGGGAGGGCCUUGCGUUUGUGGUGGCAGCAGCUGCUUCUGGCAAGGGGGCGAGUGUGGGGCUGGGAGGGGUGGGGAAGCGGAGUGUGGCGGUGGAGUUUGACUCGGUGCUGAGUGUGAAGCACAGCGACCCCAACGACAACCACGUGGGCGUCAAUGUGGGCGGCUCACCUGUGUCCCUCGCCUCUGCCACGGCCCCUCUCAUCCUCAACGACGGCCACACCAAGCACGCCUGGAUCCACUACGACCCCACCAGCGGCGGCACUCUCCGAGUUUUCCUCUCCUCGGAACCCGACGAGCCCUUCGCCCCCACCCUCACAGCAAGCGUGUCUCUCUGCUCCGUUCUCAAGCCCACUGCAUCCGACUCUCUCUUCCUUUUUGGUUUUGUUGCUUUCUCGAGCAGCCAGCCGCAGAUGCACACCAUUGUUUCCUGGACCUUCAACACAGGUGCGUUAUUGUUCUCCAUUCAUGCAAGUCCAGUCAUUCACACGGUGAUCCUUCCUGUAGUCAUGCUUUAG